AUGGCAAAAUCAAGCAUAGCAUUCAUUCUCCCACUUGCAUGCCUCCUGCUUGCGAGUGCUGUUCAUGUUUCAGCUUUAGACAAUGAUGCUAGUGGAGACCUCUCUGGCACUAUGAGAUCUCUAAAGACGGUGCUUCCUACAAAUGGAACUUCAUCAAACAUUGGUGUCCCAUUGGAUCUAGUUGCGAAAGUACUUGGAAUUGUCACUCAAGUUAUAGCUAGUUUAAAGGACCUCGUCCUCAAAGUUCCUUUGCUAUGUGUCAUCCUUUAUCCAGUGAUUAUCAUCCUUGAGAUCAUUGUGAUCUACAUCCCUGGUGGCUACCCUUGCCCGAUUAUCAUUGGCGUCAUCUGCAAGUAUCUGGGCAAUGCCAUUCCUGUGUGGACUCCAAUCAAGUUCAUCAAAGUUGAUCUAACGGUUAUCUUGAGCCUCACCGCAACUAUCAAGCUUCUGCAGAGUGUGAUUAUCCUUGUUACUCCAAACAGUUGCAUUUUCCUCGUGCUGAGUGCAGUGGUUAGUAUCCUUAAGUCGCUCUCGCUCCUUAAGCUGCAAGCCCAUCAUCACACAGUAAUUUUCAGCGCCUUUGUUCGAUCAACAACCGUUGAUCGAACUGACAAUGGCUGUGAGAUAGGCCUUGCCGGUCAUCUGAGGCCGCAGCUGCUCGCCACAAGAAACUCCAAGUUCUUCAACUUCAUGCUGUUCAUGGGAUUUUCCCAGCAGCUCCACCCACCGUCGUUUUCGUCUGGAUCGUCGUCGCUCGCCCACAUUGCGAUCGCCACUCCUAGAAAAGCGGGAGUCGAACCACCAGAACCUUUAGAUCUGGCAACAAUCGGACGCCAUUAG